AUGGGGUCCGUGCUGCCACCCCCCGUGUCCCCCCCAGAGGUGAUGGUGGGCAUGGGGUACACCCGGGAGGAGAUCAAGGAGGCCCUGAGCACCCACAAGUACAACGAGGUGACGGCCACGUACCUGCUGCUGGGACGGAGGGGAGAGCCCGAGGGUGGCAGUGGCCUGUCCCUGUCCCGGCCCCGGGGCUCGGCCGAGGCCCCCAACGGUGGCCCCACCAAGGGGACGACGUCGUCGGGGACACACGGGAAGGGACAGCGAGGGGGGGGACACCACAGACAGCGACGGCACAGCGACUUCU